AUGGUGUCAUCAAGGUCGGGCCCGCGAUUUCGGCAGCUUCAACAAAUUGUACCUGAAUAUUCUCCCACCAAGAUCACCCAGUAUGAAUCAGAGCGAACGGGAAUGCGAGUGGUCGUGGUCGACCAACAGGGACCCAAAUUGCAUGGGUUUUUCGUGUUAGCAACUGAAAUCCACGACGACUCGGGCGCGCCACAUACGUUGGAACAUCUGUGCUUCAUGGGCUCAAAGAGCUACAAGUAUAAAGGUUUCCUCGACAAACUCGCAACUCGUGCUUAUUCCGGCACCAACGCCUGGACGGCGACGGAUCAUACGGCCUAUACGUUGGAAACCGCUGGCUGGGCUGGGUUUGCCCAGAUUCUACCGGUCUACUUGGAGCAUGUCAUCCUCCCAACGUUGACUGACGCAGGCUGUAUAACCGAAGUCCAUCACAUUGACGGAAAUGGCCACGACGCUGGUGUUGUCUACUCAGAGAUGCAGGGCGUGCAGAAUACGGCCGCGGAGCUGAUUGAGCUGCGAUCAAAAAGGAUCCUUUAUCCAGAAGGCGUCGGCUUCCGCUACGAGACUGGAGGUAUGAUGGAGCAACUCCGCGUGCUGACGGCCGACCGGAUCCGAGACUUCCACCGCGACAUGUACCAGCCGAAAAACCUUUGUCUGGCCCUCUUUGGCGAGGUCAACCAUGGCGAGUUGUUGGCCGUGUUGGACGACUUCGAGACAUCGAUCAUGGAGGACAUUCCAAGUCCCGACGCCCCAUUCCGACGGCCUUGGAUUGAGUCGAAGCAGGCGCCGCCUCUAACAACAUCAACAUUGGAGCGUGUCGAGUUCCCGGAGGAAGAUGAGUCAUUUGGAGAAAUUGACAUCCGUUUCUUGGGCCCUGACUGCGCAGAUCCACUGUCUACGGCGGCUUUAAAUGUGGUACUCCUUUAUCUCGCCGGUUCGCCAGCUGCCUUACUUGACAACACUCUUGUAGAGAAGGAGCAGUUGGCCAGUGGUGUUUACUACCAGGUUGACAGCCGUCCACGGACGGAAAUAGCUUUCUCAAUGUCUAGUGUCGAAACCGAGCGCUUGGAGCGUGUUGAGAGGCGGUUCUUCGAGGUCUUGAAGGAAGCCAUGGGCAAGCCGCUGGACAUGGAUUUCAUGAAGGAUUGUAUCGAUCGACAAGUGCGGACGUACAAAUUCAAUGCCGAAGGGUCACCCACCGCUUUUGCUGACUACAUCAUCUCUGACUACCUGUAUGGACAGAGAGACGGCUCAACACUGGAGAACGUGAAAACUCUCAGCCAGUACACACACACGUUGACGUCCUGGAGCGAACAACAGUGGAAAGACUUCAUCAAGAAGUACAUCUCAGACGCUCCCCACGUGUCCAUCCUUGGAGUACCUUCGGCGCGUCUAUCUGAGAAGUUAAAAACGGAUGAGGCCAAUCGAAUCGAGCAGCAAAAAGAAAGGCUUGGGCCUGAAGGGUUGAAGGACAUGCAGGAGAAGCUCGACAAAGCCAAAGCGGAGAAUGAUCGCGAGAUCCCUCGAGAUCUGCUUGCUCAAUUCAAAGUCCCAUCUCCAGAUUCCAUUCAUUUCGUCAACACCUCGGGUGCUCGCGCAGGCCUUGCAUUGGAGAUUGGAAAGCCGCAGAGCAGAUAUCAGCAGAUCAUCGAUACUGACGCCAAGGACAUGCCUUUGUUCCUUGAUUUCCAACACAUUCCAUCAAACUUUGCCCGGAUUCACUUGAUCAUAUCGACCGAGACACUUCCUGAUGAACUGCGCCCACUGCUGUCGAUCUACAUGGAAGCUUUCUUCAAUCUGCCCGUGAAGAGAAAUGGUCAGACAAUUGGAUUCGAACAAGUGGUGACCGAGUUGGAACGAGAUACGGUCGGAUACUCCAUCGACGCAGCGUCAAAUCUAGGCAAUGUUGAAGGGAUCAGAGUCAGUUUCCAAGUGGAGAUUGAACGGUAUAGUGUCGCCGUUAGGUGGCUGUCGGAACUCCUCUUCGACUCCAUCUUCGACGUGGACCGGCUCAAGGCCAUCAACGCACGACUACUCGCUGAUGUGCCAGACUCGAAACGCAGCGGUGAUGAUAUGCUGGUGGCGGUAAACCGCAUGAUCCACCUUGCUCCCAAGUCCAUCGGCCGUGCACGCAGUACCCUUGUUAAGGCUCUCUACCUGAAACGCAUCAAGCAAUUGCUGGAAACGAGUCCCGAGCAUGUCGUGCAGCAAUUUGAACGAUUGCGCCAGAAUCUUUGUCGCUUUGAGAACUUCCGAGUCCUCGUCAUCACGGACCUUGAAAAGGUCAAGAAGCCGGUCAGCACCUGGAAACCCUUCUUGAAAGGUCUGGAGACGAAGGAGCAGCUCACACCAAUUGGCCGCCGAAUCGAUCGUCUCAGCGAGGCAGGGAGAAACCCCGGGGAGUUAGCAUAUGUUGUGCCAAUGCCAACGAUCGAUUCUUCGUUCGCGUACGCCUCGGCACGCGGACCGACUUCUUACGACGAUCCCAAGAUGCCGGCAGUCAUGGUUGCGAUGGCCUACAUGAAUGCAGUGGAAGGUCCACUCUGGGCCGCUGUACGAGGGACCGGCCUCGCCUACGGCACGAACAUGGGGUACGACUUGGAGUCCGGCUAUGUCUACCUUGAUGUCUAUCGUUCUCCGGAUGCCUACAAGGCCUUUGAGGCCAGCCGGAAAGUUGUCGAGGGUCACAUGACGGGAGACAUCGAGUUCGACUCGUUGAUGCUGGAAGGCGCCAUUAGCAGUAUCGUUGUCGCGUUUGCCAACGAGCAGCAGACUCUGGCCAGCGCUGCAGGUGCCAGUUUCAUUCGGUCGGUCAUGAAAGGUCUGCCUGAGGACCAUAUGGAGAGGUUACUGAAGAAGGUCCGAGCCAUCAAGGUCGAGGAUAUCAAGGACGCCCUCAAGACAGUCGUAUACAACGUGUUCACCCCAGGGAAGGCUGAUAUCAUUGUAACAUGUGCCCCUGGAUUGAAGGAGGCCAUUUCAGACGGACUCGCCCAGGCGGGUUUCACCCCGGAGAUCCGAGAUCUCAAUUUCUUCCAGGACGACUAUGGCUUGAAGCCGAUUGACGGCGCCGAUGAUGACGACGAGGACGACGACGACAAAAACAGUGAUCAUGGUUCGGAUGGCAUUGAAGGAAGUGAAGGCUAUGAGAUGGUGGAAGGGAAUGAGGACGAUCUCGACGAGGAUGUGUAA